GAUUGCACCGUACCAGGUGUUGAGGAGGGGUGAGAGGGGAACCUGGAAAGAUCAGCAAACAAAAGCAGACAUCUCUUUCUCUCCACACCAGCAGUGCUAACUACUAUCCGGCUGGAAGUGGUUUGCCCACAUCCACACAGCUUUGGGGAUCAGAGCAGCAGCGGCAGUGACUGUGACCGUGAGGGCAGACAGACUAUAAUGGAGAUGGAGCCACUGACUGUGCUUCUCAGGGGUCAUGAGCUGUGUCCUCCCUUCACUUCUGUGUAAUUUGACCAACUGGACUUCAGCACCACCCUCCCCUCACCUAUGCCUGCCGGACCAUGGGUAGUGUCAGCAGCCUCGUCAAUGGCAACAGCCUCAACAGCAAACACUGCAAGGCGUCUGAACAUCGGUUAAAGAAGGGAACUCACAGGAAGAGUGGAGGUUGCAGCCUUGACGAGUUACUGAGGUGCGGCUUCACUCAGGGCUCCUCGUCCACCGCUCAUCCCUCUAAAGGCCUGUCCCACUCCCGCUCAGGACGAAGUGAAGAUUUUUUUUACAUCAAGGUGAGCCAUAAACCGAGGUCAGUGUACCACAGAGGAGGAUCAAUGGAAGAUCAUGCAGGUGGAAAGAACAAAGAUGGGGAAUCAGAUGGGCGACUGCAACCAAAACUGCUACUCAUGUCAGGAAAAAUGACUGAGAGGACCUCUGCUGAGAAGUCAUUGGUCCGUUCCACUGCCUUCAAGCCUGUGAUUCCCAGGAGUACAUCCUCCACAGACACAGGCCACAACAGCCUGGAUCACAUCCUUUGUCCUCGGGAGAAAGCAAGGACUCCAGACAUUAGACACAAGCAAGACACCUUCUCAGGGACUCUCUCCGACUCUGGGCGCAACUCUAUGUCUAGUCUGCCCACCCACAGCACCAGCGGCAGCCUAAGUGCUUCCACGGGCCCUGUCAGUCACAGCGAUGGCAGCUCAGCUCCCGCAAACAGCCUCAGCAAGGGAGCGCAACCCAAUUUCCCUCCAUGGGUCAAUGGGAAUAGCACUAACCUUGACUGUAGCUACAGGGCUGGUUUAAACAGCGGAGGGCUGGCAUCAAAGGCUAAUGGGGACGCUGGCUCCCCACUUCCUGCAGAUGAGCCAAGUGCUCUCUCUGAAACGGCGGGUGGGAUUCGGUCCCCCAUUACUACAGAUGAGUCACUGAUUGAACGUUUGGAACAAAGGCUGCUGGAGAGAGAGACCGAACUGCAGGAGCUACAGGUGAGUUUUGAAGACAAAGAGGCAGACACAUGCCAGCUGUUCGAGGAAAGACAAAGGUACUGUGCUGAGGAGAUGGAGGGGCUGAAGCAGCGAUGCUCCACAAAGCUACGGCAAGUGUCCCAAAUGGCUGCGAAGACCCAGCAAGCACUCCAGCUGCAGGUCAGCCAGCUCCAGGCAGAGAAAGAGAGGCUUCAGGAGGAUGUCUCAAAGCUAACCCAAGAAAAAGAUAUUGUUGAGCUCCGACUGAGGUCUUAUGUGACAGAGAGCACACAGCUUGCUCCGACACUGGAGGAAACACAAUGGGAGGUGUGCCAGAAGACAGGGGAGAUCUCAUUACUGAAGCAGCAGCUGAGAGACUGCCAGGCAGAAGUCAACCACAAGCUGAAUGAGAUAGUCAGCCUCAGGACGUCACUGAAGGAGAACACAGCAAAGAUGGAGCUGCUCGAGAGACAGAAUAAAGACUAUGAGGACAAACUGCACUCUCGCACCAUAGAGGUUGAGGUUUGCCAAAAUGAACUCCAGCGUAAGAAGAAUGAGGCUGAUUUGCUGAGAGAGAAAGUGGGCACACUGGAGAAAGACAUUCAGGGAAUGAAACAGGACCUGGCCAUGGCCAAAGAGCGGAGGCUGCAGCACAGUUUGCAACUUGAGGCCCAUGCCCAGACUGAGGCCUUGGAAAGACUAAUCCAAGACGCAGACUCCCCUGCCCAGGGCCAGGGGGAGGAGAACAGCGGACACAGCGCCUCAGAGUCACUCCAAAGAGAAGUGGAGAGACUGAAGCAGCAGCUCGGGGAGGAGAAAGAAGCACAAGAGAGGCUGGCCAACAGCUUUGAGCAGGAGAGGCAGACGUGGAACAAGGAGAAAGACAGGGUCAUCAAGUACCAGAAGCAGCUCCAGAUCAACUACCUGCAGGUGCACAAGAGGAACCAGGACCUAGAGAGGAUCCUGAGGGAGCUAACUGCUGAACUGGAGAGCCGGACAGAGCUCGGCAUGGACAUCAAGUACACGUCAGGGUUACAAACAUAUGACGACGUUAUUGCCACAGAGAUUUGAUUGGAGCACUCACAAACGUUUAGUAAAGGUGAACUGGGCACCUGACUAUUUUUUCACUACAGAUAUUUAUGAUAUUACAGCAGCUGGAGGAGAGGAGCAUUUUACAAGAGUUAUUUAAUAGCAUAAUUUAGCGUAUUUUGUGUCCAGGUCACAAUGAAAUUAAAAAUAGUUUUUCGUAAUAACACUGUUAGUGCUUGUUUAUAAGUAAAUACUAAUUUAUUUAAUGUUUGAGUGAGAUUUUUUUUAUAUUACCAUGCUGUCUAACAUGAUCACUCAUCAUUCAGUUCUUUUACAACAUUGUAGAUAAACACCAUUUUGUUGACAGCUGAUUUAUCUCUUUCAUGAUUAAUGUCUGACGGUAACACAUGAUAAGCAUGAUAUUCACUUAACAUCUGUCCCUUCCAGCAUGGCAACUGGCAGUGAUGUAUCAUCUGUUAUGAGUCUGAGUUCCUGCCUUGUGUCUCAAUAAUGCUAUAUGCUCCCACACUGUCCACUGUUAUGGGGUUUGUGCAUGGAAAAUGGUUUUAAGCCAAGUCAUUUCAAAACAAUACACAGGUCUUCUUAUUAGAAUGGUAGUUAUAUCCACAACAAUGUAAAAAAAAGUGUUUUGCACUUCAAAAUACAUGUCAAAAAAUAAUUUUAAGCAUAAUGCAUUUUCAUCCCUACAAAGGAAACUUCUGUAUUUUUAAUCAUGGACCUUAUUUCCCCAUGUUUUUUAUCCAAGUGAUUAAUGAGAACAACAGUUUUUUAAACUGGUCCAAUAUUGAGCAAGAGUACUGCAGCCAGCAGCCAUAAACAGGGUGCAAUGUAACCUUCUGAGCAACAGCAUAUCAUCAAUAUAUGUCCAAUAACAGCCCUGACACACCAAGUCGACAGUCAGGCAUUGGUUAAUGUCAAGUUUUGGGUGAGCGUCUAUGGCCCUAGUUUUGUCUGCUUUUUAUUUUUUGCCGAUUCAACAUAUUGAAUAGACAGCGGGCUGGUUGGAAAAGGAAAUCACUCUGAUUGGUGGUUCAGCUCAGCACUCAAGAAGAGAAAUGGGGGUGAGAAAAGAAAACAAACGGCUAAAGUCAAAAGGAUGUGAGAUCAAAACAAACUUGUCAUAUUUGGUAAGACCCUGUUUUAACCAUUGAUCUUUUUCACAGACACGGCUCAGGAUUGUCUCUUUUAUUGCUCAUUAGCAUACACUAAAUGUGCUUUGUCCUUUCAACAUGGGGUUGUGUUGUUAAUGUGCUAACUGGCAUCUUGAAUCUGUUCUGCUGGUCCUCUUUCUCUCUUUUUCUCUUUUUUGAUGACGAAUACAGACUGCCGUCUUCUGCUGGAAUGGAGAGUAUUUCCUCUAAUGCAGGCAGAGAAUGUACAUGUUAGUUGGUCACUGACUUGAGUCUUUGCGGUGAGCUGAAAUGCAAUUUUUUGGCCAAGACACAGAGGACAUGAGGCGAUGCAACAGUCAGCUAUUGUCACCACUAGCUGUGAUGACAGUUCAAUGUGUCUGGAUGUUAUUGAUGCUAAAAUUGCAAACAAAUCGCGCUGAGCGAAAAGUAAAGAAAAACAUAUUAUGUCUUUGUCAGAAACAUAUAAUAAUCUUAGUCCAUCAGGGGCAAAAACAAGAACUUUUAGUGGAUGCAGAAUGACAGUGCACUAUUGCCCAAAAGACAACAUUGUAUCCUUGCUCAAUACUGGCCUGCUUUUAAAAAUUGUUGUUCCAAUUAGUCACUUAGACACAAACACAUGGGGAAAUUGGGUCCAGGAUUGAAAAUACACAAGUUCCUCUUUCAAUACAUUCAAACAGUGAAGAUUUAAGUCAACAUGCACUGUUGUGAAGUUCAUAUGUUAUAUUAUAGCUAUGUUUUCUUCAUUCUCUGGAUCUUGUCAAACUCAAACUUUCUGCACCUGAAAACAUUUUAUUUGAUAGUGUAAAUUUUUCUUCAUCUUGCAAUGCAGUGCCAUUACAUGUGUCAAUUAAGGUGUCAUAUAAGGUCCAAAUGUCACGCAAAAUAACCAUCACUCUCUUGAACUGUUAUACAAUUGAUUAAUUAAACUAUGCCAUUGUAGUUCAGGCUGACAGUG